CCGGGCACUUGCGACAUGCAGCCACAGUUAGUUGAGUUGUGAACGGGAACGGACAGAGAAUAUGAUUCAUCUGUUUGUAUUGCUCUCCUUGUGCUUGUGGCGUCUGGUUGGUGUGUUUGGUGCUGAUGAAGUGAAGACCGUAUCAGCGAGGAAGGGAGAGUCUGUCACUCUGAACAGUGGUGUUACAGAAGCGCACAAAUAUUUUCUCAUACAGUGGACGUUUGGAAGCACGCGGAUAGCUGAAGUCAACAGAUUUAAGCAGACCAACUCGACAUAUGGUGGUCCUGAUGAGAGGUUCAGAGACAGACUGAUGCUGGAUCAGACUGGAUCUCUGACCGUCACAGACACCAGAACCGCAGACUCUGGACUUUAUAAACUAACAAUUGUCAACAGAGAUACCAUUUACAUCAGUUACAAUGUUACAAUUAGAAUUGUUUCGUUGCCAUUGUAAUAUUUAAAAAUGGUUCUUUUCCAUUAAUUUCAGUAUUGCUUAUGACAAUAAUGGCUUUAAUUCAAUUUAAACAAAUGACACAGAUGCGAAUGUGAAAGUUCGGUCAUGUAUAAACAUGUAUUUGAAGAUAUUUUGAAGAAAGCUGGCAACCAAACAGUUGCUGGUAGCGAAAAACGUGCCAUGGAAGUAAGUGGCCAUCAGAAAUCGUCUGCUAGGUUUUUUGAUUUUCAGCAGAAGUUGUAAUAUUUUGGAUGAACUAUCUCUUUGGCCCAUUGGUGCUGUUCUGUCAUAUUAGACAGGCAAAAAAAGUUCUGAAUUUGUAACAAUCGCUACUUUAUCGUAAUGAUUCGAAACUUGACUUGUUUUGAAAAAGCUGAUUUGUGUCAUACUUGUGUAGUUCUUGGUUACAAAUGUCUCCCAUUGGAAAUAAAUGGGAAAUGUUAGUUUGUAGAAUUUUUGAUGUUACGUGUAACAAAAUGCCAUUUUCUGUGUUCAGGUUGGACUAUAGUGAAAAAAAAGCAAAAACUAACAUUUCAAAACAAAACAAAAAGUAUUUGAGAAUGUCUAAAUAUAUGUCCAGAUCCACAACAAAUUAUUUAUGCCAAAAAAAACACUAGAGAGUUUAUACGCAUUUAGUGCUUUAUAGGAAUCUAGUGGCUAAAUCAGACGGCCCUAAUCUAACUUCAAAAACUAAAGCAUGUUAAAAAAAAGUUUCAGUACUGACCAGCACAAAUUAACAAUACAAGAGGGUUAAAGCAGUCUGAUCCACAGAUGAGUGUUUAGUUUGUUUUGAGAGUUUAGUUUCACUUCCGUCUGCAUAUGACAGUAUUACGAACUCACAUUGAACUCCUAAACUUUAACUGUUAUUGUCUUUGGUUUACAUAUCGUUUAGGAAAUGGGAAAUGCACGGAUUGAAAUAUUUCUCUGGUCAUUAAUAACCGACAUAAUGCCAUUAACAAGAAUGUUUGUUGAUUCUCUAGAAGUGGCCGACGAGGUCAAGUCGAUAUCUGUGUCGGAGGGAGAUUCGUUCACUCUAAACACUGAUGUUACGGAAACAAAUAAAUAUCUGUUAAUACAAUGGAUGUUUGGAGGCGCUCGGAUAGCUGAAGUCAACAGACUCACGCUAAACAACUCGACAUACGAUGCCGGUGGGAGAUUCGGAGACAGACUGAAGCUGGAUCAAACCGGAUCUCUGACCGUCACGGACACCAGAACCACAGACUCUGGACUUUAUAAACUAGCAACUGUCAGCAGAGAAACCAGCUACAUGGAUUACAACGUUACAGUCUAUGGAAUUUCAUCGAGCCCAAAUUGUGUGUCGUCCGGCUGGGAAGUGAACACUUCAAGCGUGAACAGAAAUGAGGAUGCCGGCAUUACAGAACAUCAGCCGACUUCAGACCUCAUCCACUGCUGCGGUUUUACUGAAGCUGUGAUCCGAUUGGCUCUCUCCGCUCUGGUGGGCGUGGCUGCUGUUGCCGUGCUGGUUUAUGACGUCAGAUCCACAAGAAGCGAGCUGAAUGGGACAGAAGAGGCUGGAUAUCUCUACGAGACACACGGAGUAAAAGCAGACAUACAGUAUAAACAGAGGUUGAGUUGCAGAUAUAUCCAGAUGUAAAGCAAAACACGCAUUAAUGCUCUGUUCUUUACACAGCUGUUCAUUAACAGAUCAUUUAGGCACUCAUUGGUCGUUUAUUGAUUGUAUGACUUUGCACAAUCUAGUAAAUACAUGCCUGUAAACAUAAUUUCUAUGAACUAAAUAAUAAGCAGCAACACAAAUUAUGACAUGGAAUUAUCUCAAAAGCAUUUUUUGGGGGAAUUAGUGGUUUUCAGCUGAUUUUUACAUAAACGUUUAAACCUACUAAUAUAAACUACUAAUAUUUUGUCUUGCACUAUAACAAAAAAAUCCACAAGAAAAGUAAAAAGGGUACAUAAGAAUUAGUUUGCAGACAAAUAUAUACAUACAGUAUAUUUACAUUUACAUUGGAUAUUACAAUGCUAUUUUACAAAAAUAUACUUUGCAGACAAGCAUGAUUAAUGUAUUUUAUAUUGUAUUAAACCUUCAAGGAUGAGCAUAUAUUAAUCGUCUUAACAGCAUUAUUUUAUUUUCAUGUUUUGACAUCACAUCUACAUUUUAAUUGCUUUUUCAAGCACCAUAAAAAAGGUAAACUUGCCUAUAUGAAUGUGAAAUUCACCUAAAAUAUGAAAUAAUAAUAAUGAAGUAAUACUGUAAGUACCGAUAUGAAAAUCAACACUGCAUCUCGCACAACAUAAAAACAGCAUGUCAGUCAAUUUUGAUUUCACAUUCCACUCCACAGAAAGAUAUUUAUUGGGAGAAAAGAUUUAAAAUGUUCUUCACAUUUCUGUUUUAGGAGGAUUAACAAAUAUUCGGUGGCGUCACUGUGAAUAAGCACUUUUGUUAGAGUAGUAACAGCGUUUGGUAAUUGUGUUAAAACUAACUGCUUUCUUAAAAGCUGAAAUGUAUUGAGAUCAAAUGUUAUAUGAUGCCACAAUGGAGUCUUAUUGAAUUAAAGUGACCAUGUCUCUUCCUGCUCA